UGUACGGUGUAUGACAGGUGUCUUAGUUAGUUAGUUAAUAAUAACAAAAAACAACAAAUAAACACUGUGGAGAUGUUGUAAAGUUCUGUGUGAAUAUGUUUUAUAUGGAUUUUAUCAAAUACAUCAUACUUUUCAUUCAGGGCAGAAGAGUUUUUCCAUUUUCUCCUGGCAAUAAGAUUUUGUUGCAGAAUUCACAUCAAUUAUUUGUUGGUCAGCACACAGGUGAAGUCCCAUGGGGCAAUGUAUGUCGCGUAAGGCCGCAGGCGCCUUUGCAGCAUCAGCAGCGGUAUCCCAUAAUCGACCAUCCAAAAUGCAAAGGCAUCAGUACCAGAGCCCCGACGAUGAGAACAACAAACCGCGCAGUCCUGUGGAUUCUAAUAAGCGGAUGGCUCACAGCAAAGGCGUCUCGAUGUCUUUCGGGUUCCGGCGACGUCCUAUGACGGCCCCGUCAAUCGCAUCGAACGCCAACGCCGCCAGACGGCUCGCCAACGCUGAUGUUAUAGACAGAAACGGCAACGAGCACACCGACACCGACGCCCUGACCAGCAAUGUCGCCCCUACCGGACGAUCGACGCCGCGGCUUGCCCCGCCGAAGAAGGAGCCGAACGCCACCAGGGUGUCCAGAUUUGGGUUCAGGCAAGGUCAAGGCAGUAGAUUAAAUAAAGUAGCAGACCUGAAUAGCAGCAACCCCGCGGAAUUCGGUAUCCAGAAUGGGAACAACAACGCCGCCAAGCGGACUAUUUCGGUAGGCAGGAACGCCUCGACGGGCCAGGAAAAUAACAGGGCGCGAGCAACGAUAAAGGUCGGGAUUCCACAGCCGCAGGUUGGAAGAUUUACUCUACAAUCCACAAAUUUACCUCGUCCAGAGCCAAUCCGUGUGAUAGAAACAAAAACAGCCAAAACUCUCGCCAACAACAAUAGACGCGUAGCGGGAAUGUACCAGCAACACGUCGAGGAUUCUUCAUCAAAGGACGGGUCCCUCACUGAAGAUUCGGGAGUUGGAAGUCAUAUCAGUGGUUACAUGGGAGACACUGAUAGUGUGCCCCAGGUGGAGCGUUUGGAGUCUUCUCCAACGUUCGGAGCGCGACGGAGGAGCAUCCAGCAGAAGCCUAGGAAUUUGGAAAUGGUGGUCACCAGCAACAAUACUUUCGACGUUAAAGAUCUGGAGGAUUCAAACGGUUCGUGUGAUAGCAUUCCGCCACCCCCAUUACCACAACUGCCUAGUGCUUUCAAUUCUUCAGAUAAUAAGAAAAGCUCAUAUCAAUCUUCUGGCCUAGUUCGUGAGCGCGCCGUAGAGUACCAACGCCACUUAGAGCGGGACAAUCGGGGUCGAAAAAUAUCUGCCACAUCGUCCGAGGGCUUCAGCGAUGAUUACGGAGAGGAAGAAAAGACUUACAAAGAACGGUUCAGGAGCGAAAAGACGUUUAUCAAAGCCACACCACACAAAACAUUCCUAAAAUCCAGAACCAAUGAAAUCAAAGAAGAUUCCAGCCCGCCUAGUUCAGAUGAACAUGAAUGGGUCCAUGGAGGCGAAGCCAUGGCAGACGAGAUAAGCUUUUCUCUCAGUUCCAGCGACGAGAGCAAGGAUAAGAACCAAGAAGAAUCCGUUCCGAUUUCGGCCGCAGUGAUAGGAUCCGCGUUGCAGAGUUUGAUGACUGGUUCGCUGUCGAAGUCCUUUACCACUACCGCAUCUAAUGAAGUAAAAAGUGUACUAUUAACUAUCGAGGAUCCGAAAUUUGCGGCGGUGGCAGCAGCGAGCAAUACAAGUUCCCUGCUAGACGAGGAAACCCUGUUGUCCCCCGCAGACAGUAUAAUAAGCUGCUCGGAGACGGAGGAAAUAAAGCGAAAGCACGACCGCAGCUCGUCCAACUCCAAAGAUAUCAAUGAGAAACUCACCCCUCCCAGUCCCGGCACGCCGACUAACGCGUCUCAUUCUCUCUCCCUGUCCGAUGGCAAGGACGACUUCCUGAUCGACGACGAGAUCGCCGACCAGCCAGCGCUCGUCUUCGAAGACACCAUCACGGCGCCGAACGACACCUUCAACGUGACUGUGUCGCAAAACAACUCGGAAAGCACCCCGACGAUCGUGGACUCAACGCCGAAGCAGAAGAGGAGAGUCCUGCCAGCCCUUGAAGGCAGUCCACUUAGCGUCAGGAGUAAGAAGUUCUUGCAGAGUCGGACUGGGUCUUUGGACACGCUGUCGCCUUGCGAAAGUAUAGCUAGCGACGAUUUGAUGAUGGACUACGAGUACAGUCAGAGUAGCGGAUUGGAGGAUUGUGAUAGACAAAGUAGUGGUUUUCCUUCCUUUAACGACACCACAAUGAUGAAAGUAGAUAGCACCCUCGAUUGCAGUAAACCAGCCAAAGACUGGAUAUUUUCUGGAAAUUUCAUUCCAAACGAGCAAGCAUUAAAGUGUAACACUUCUAGACCCCGCUUACUCCGUUCCAGAACAGGCACACCGAAUUCCGUUCCAGACUCGCCCAGAUCGCUCGAUGGUCGCACAGCCCGCCUUUCUCGACCAUCCGCGGCUAGCAGCCCCAUAAAACCCAGGAUAAAUCACUUAUCGUCCACCGGCUAUGAUUCUGACGAUUCCAUCCGGCUGGACAGGGCCAACCACACGGCGAUGAAGCAGGACAUCAUUAGCAUCAAGACGAUGCUGUUGAAACUUAGAAGAGUUCUAAAUGAGCAGACAGACGAAGAAAUAUUGAUGAGGUCGGAAACUCACAACCCAUUCGAAAGUCAGGCUGCUCUGACGAAUGGGCUCUUCAAUAGUCUCUGCCCCUCGGACACGGAGGCCACGCAAAACGAUGACAACGAGAGCGAGGCAAGGCUGGAACUUGCCGAAUUAAGGCGGCAGGUGCUGUUCCUUCAAGGGCAACUAGAAGACAAGGAGAAGACCGUACAGUCUCUCCAAGAACAGAUGAUUAAAUUGGCCAAUGAUAACUAUCAUUCAAAUUCUGCACCAGCUUCUACUAUAUCUCAUGAAAGCCAAAUGUGCAACGCAGCUACACAAACUGAAAGGAUUCGACCAAUUUCGGCGGGUCCCUCCCUGUUAAACGGUUCAUCGGUUGAUGGGAGUGCUGGGUCUCUAGUCAGUGCGAGUGAAACUCCAACACCUCGCAAAUCCCGCCAGCCAGUUCAAUCUGAUCCUCCCGCUUCAAAAAGGACGCCCUCGCGACUGUGGCGGCAGCCCGGGGAACCCCCCUCACCACAGCGCUACAGCAUUAAUUCAUCUUCGAUACCGAGGCGGGCUAACAGCCGCAAUAGAAUGCCUGCUUCCACUCCAUCGUGAUAAUUAUUUUAUUAUGGUAGGCUUAUUACUUUAUGAAAGAAGUACAUUCAUUGAAAAUGAAAUAAAAAUGAGGAAUUUUCAACUUAUUCAAUAAACAUAAGCAAAAUUGA